AUGAUGAUGAUGAUGAUGAUGACGAUGAUAAUGAUGAUGGUGAUGAUGAAGUGGGGUGCCAUGGUGAUGAGGUGUGGCAGGAUUUGCUUCGUGGUCUCCAGCGACUGUCCCUGCAAGCACCAACAGCACCAACAACACCAACAACAACAACAGCAACAACAACAGCAACGGCAACAGCAACAGCAACAGCGCGUGAUGGUGCUGGUCCGCCUGACACCGAAAGCAUGCGCAGUGGCAGCGGAGAGAAGGAUGGUGCUACCCCACACCAAGACACGCAUCAUCAUGAACAACAACAGCAGGUAUCACGGCACCAUGACCGCACACACGGUCAUCGUGACCUUCAGCGUCUUCUGCGUGCGUGUGUGAGUGCUGGUGAUGCUGCCGCUCUUGCUGCGUUGAUGGCCCCGUACGUGGUGGAGCGAUAUGGGGUGGAUGUCCACGAUGGUGUGAAUGGACGACGGCGAGGUGUUUCUCCCCUGCACAGGGCAUGUCAACUCGGCAGCCCGCACGUGGUCCAGGUGUUGCUUGACGCGGGCGCACGCGUGACCUCGGCCACCCCCGAUCGUGUCCUUCCCGCUCACUUUGCCGAGUAUCAAACCCCGGAAGGAACAACAGUUUUGCACAGCGCCUGCACACUCUUUCCCGCCGACGAGCUUGCUCACGCCAAGACGCUGGAGGACGCACGUGCAGUGUUCAAGAGCAACGGCUGCAUUGCAAACGCCAUCAUGACUCAACACCCUGCACUCGUCUAUAAGCGGGACGCAAGGCAUCGAACGCCGUUCUUCUACGCCUGCAAGUACCUCAACAUACAUGCUGCCGAAGCCAUGUCACAAAUGGUACUCACUCACAUCUCCGCUCUUCCUUCUCCCUGGACCAAGUCGACAGGGCACGGGCUUUCUCGCUCCUCUGUCGGUGCUACCCAUCAGCCCAUCGGUGGAGCAGAGCGCCACAGCAGCCGACCGCCCAAGACACAGCGCCGAAAGACACAACGCCCCAACAGCCAGUGGUCCAACACCCAGCGCCCCAAGACACAGCACCACGACAACCAGUGCCACAACAGCCAGUGGUCCAACACCCAGUGCCCCAAGACACAGUACCACGACAACCACUGCCACAACAGCCAGUGGUCCAACACCCAGCGCCCCAAGACACAGCACCACGACAACCAGUGCCACAACAGCCAGUGGUCCUACAGCAAGUCUUCAAGCAAGAUGAGCGUCGUUGCUGAUGACUCUCCCGAUGUCAUCCGCCUGGACAUUUCAAGAAGGCUGGCAGCACAGUCGAUCGACGAACAGAUUGACGGCUGCUGGUUGCUGCAGACCGCGAUUCAGCGGCGAACACUGACUGCAAAGACACUGCCUGUCAACAUGUUCCCCGAUGUGUUCGCCCUCAUUCGUCGUCCAAGCAACAACAGCCCUGCACUUGUCUAUUCCGCCUUUGGAGUAAUGGUCGCAUGUUUCAAACUGCCCAACGCCCUCAUCAGCAAAGACAUUGCUGAGUCGUGUCGCAUGUCCCAGACUGUCCUUGACGCGUUCGCGAACUUUGGAGACAACCCCGCUGUGGUGUGGGUAGCUGCUGUGCUUGUUCGUACCGUUUCGGAGCACAUGUCGACCGACCUUCUGCGCGUGUGCUUCCAGGACCCUCACACCAUGCUGACAGUCUUGAGGGACAAGGCUCUUUCACACUACAACGACACCCUCGAAACACUGCGGUUGCUGUCGCACAUUGCUCAGCUGCCUGUGCACGACGAAAGGUGCCCGAACCUGCGCACCUGGGCCGACUCCUUUGUGGCGGCGCUGUCCCCAAAUCAAGUGAGGCUUGUGACAGCAGCCAUUGUGGCAUACGCCGAGACACCCGAGGUGUACGACACAACGAAGCGGGAUACGCUGUGCGCGCUUCUUCUCAUCCGAAUCAAUGUCACGUCGCGCUGGACCCUGCCGUUCAAUGUUCCCAGACCUGCGUACUGGCCCUGGCUCUGUGCGGAGCUCUCUGACGACACAAACCCAGUCCAGCUGCGGGUGCUGAUUUGGCUGACGCUCAAGGACUUGCUGUUGAAGGAAGUGCCCAACGCCGAGAGUGUGCUCUGCUGUGUGAGAGCUGUUGAACAAAUCGUUGCUACGCAUGGGCCUGGCACCUCUGGGACCGAAGAGUUGGAUGACAUGGUGUUCGACAUCUCCUGGCAAGUGCUGAGACUCAGAAUCGCAGGCUUGCUGUUGACGCUGAGCACGACGACACGGGAGGCCCUGCUUGAUGAGAGCGGCGAGCCCAUGAAGCAGACGCAUGGCGUGAUGGUGGCGCUUGAAGUGACUGGCAGAGACAAGAAGCGGAUACCGACAGCGGUCGAUACAGACUGGGUGGUGUCAAAGCUUGUUCACGCAGUGCAUUUGAGCGGACACUCUGCACAGUGCCAGCUGUUGGUGCUGAAAUGUCUUGAUCUGGUGCUGCGGCUCCACGCGGGCGCGGUGAUAUCUCUGCGGCAGAAACGAGGCGCUGCUGUGCUGCUGAAGCUGAUACGCUGCACGCUCCAGCAAGAUGGCAAACUGAAGACGUGUUGUGCGGCAAUGGAUCUGCUCCUACUCAUGGUCCAGCAUCAAAACGGCGUCUGUCAGGACAUUGUUGACAGUCGCGGUGUGGCGACGAUGCUGUCCUUGAUCCGAUUGGCCCGGCAGCGUGUAAGCUGCCGUGAUUCGCUCCAGCUGGUCGAAAGUGCCUUGUACACCCUGAACGCCAUGCACGCGUCGGACGCCGUGAAAGCCGCCGCCCUACCCACUUUGCAGGAGCUCGGUGUGGACGCUCUUGACCAGCUCUUAUGCGCUGUGGUCUUGCCCGUGUUGGACCUCACCGCUGCUCUUGUUGAGCCAGUCCCGACGAACCCCAAGCUCGCAUCGACACUGGUGUUCACUUUGGCGGCAUACGAGCUGGUACGAAUUUGUGCACACUUCACGCAUGUGAAGAGGAGCAUCUUCCCGAUGACGGUCUCGUUUGGGACGUUUGUGGCGCUGAUGGCCCUGGCCCAAAAUGCCGAGUGGCGAAACAACGUGUUUCGCACAGUGCGGGUUCUGGCGCUCAUGCCUCCACCAGCACCUGUCACCCCCUCCAACGCAAGGCUGUUCGUGGAGCAUCGCGGGAUCGACGUGUGCUUUGAACUGGCGCACAAGCACAACGCACUGUUGGCAGAGGACACCCUGCGGACCCUGGGUCAGCUCAUCCGGACGUUGAUGGACCAGGCUGAUUGCAGAACGGUCACCCAAAUCCUGAAGGACCUGCACUGCUGUCGUCCGGAAUAUGACCUUCCCACCCUUCUCAGGAAGAUGGUCGAAGUGCUGUCCGCCAGCGACAGGCUUUACGCGGACCCGAACACAGCGCCGAGCACGGAUCCGAGCACGGAUCUGAGCAUGGACCCGGUGAGCGCGGCUGUGUAUCUUGACACGCUCACAAGCCUGGCCACCAGGAUGGGCGGGGCACCAGAUGGAGCAGCCACUCAGCUCAGUAGGCUCGAUAUGGUUCUACCAGAACAAGAGGACGCGACAGACCAGGUGAACCAGCAGCCGCGCGAAGAAGAAGCAGAAGCAGAAGCAGAAGACGUGCGCAUGGACGUGGGACAUGAUGGCGCAAGUGGCGAAGAUGCAGCUGCUGAAGAACGCGCCCUGUCUAAAGGCGCGUUGGCAUUGGUCGCGGUGCACCUGAUUGAGGAGCCUCGGUCGCUGUUCCACCUCAUGUUGACAUGCAGAGAGCUGUACACAACCCUGCCACAACAGCUUCCAAAAUGGUGUUUGGAAGGCGCAUACCUACGUGGGGAAACCGUGGACAUCCUGUACACCUCUGGAUCAGGACGAACGGGUGACGUCAGCUACUCGCGUGACAGUGACGGCGACGACGACGACGACGACGACGACGAUGGCGGUGGCGGUGGCGGUGGUGAUGGUGGUGAUGGUGGUGAUGAUGAUGAUGAUGAUGAUGACGCCGACGCCACCGCCGAAGACGUUGACCGUGGUCCGCGUGGGCUGUUGUGGCUGACCGACUGCGUCGACUGCAUUAACGGUGACGAGGGGGAUGCCACCAAGGACGAUGCCAUCACGAAGACCCUGGCGUACAUCAGGAGGCUACACCACAGGACAACUCCACAGCAAGCCACGCAUUCCCAGCAACAUCAGCUGCAGUCUAUCCCACGUGCAGCAGAUGCAAGUGCCGAUGAGGAUGACAAGGAACUCGGGCCCAGGAGAGUGACGUGGCUUGUAGAACGGUUCUUGGUGCAUUCGUGGCUCGGGGCAUGGUGGUCGGCACGGUGUCGCAUGUUUGAUGCGGCUGCCGCUUUUGAUCCGCGGCAGUUCUGUGCAAGUGUGCGGGUGUGCUUUGACUUCACGGGCCCCUUCGCAGUGGAGCAAAGAGCGCUGGUUCAAGUGGGCAACAGCGGCUCAGCCGCUCGCCGGCACCACCAGUCAGACCAGUACCGGCAGCGUCAACAGCACGAAGCGCAUGUGCAGCACGCCCGGCAUGCGCCAUUCCAACUGCAACCGUCAUUCCAACUCCAACUGCAACCGCCAGCACAAGACGAGCUGCACACAGUGCGACGCGAGGAGCUGCAGGUUCCGCCAGACCUGAACUGGAUGCAAGAGCCACAGGAACAACGCACAGAGACGCAGCAUCAUGUGCAGUCACAGCAUGGCCCAGAACAAGAAAGAGAAAGGCAGCAGCAGCAGCAGCAGCAGCCGCAGCAGCAAGGAGAAGAAGAGCAGGUGCCACCAUUUUCGCGACAGAGGUUUUCGCCAGCACCUCUUUGGCAGAUACGACGGCAACUGCGGCAAAUCCUUCAAGACAGGGACCAGCGACUGCGGGCAACGAGUGAGCUUGCGGACAUUCGCGACUGGACGCGGCAGCAGGAAAACCUGCACCUGCACGCUCGUCCACAUCAGUUACAGCAAACCCGCACCCACCACCCACAGCAGGUGCAUGCUGAAAGACAACAUACACAACAGCAAAAGCAACAGCAACAGCAACAGCAACAGCAGCAACGGCAGCAGCGACGGCAGCAGCAACGCCGUCCAUACCGCGCUGGUCGUGUGAGACGUAACGAGGCCAAUAUGCCACCCAUGCAUGUGCUCAUGGCGAACGCGUUCGCGCUCCUCGGGCCUGUGGCGCGCGAGCUGACGCCGGCACAGUUCAUUGUGGUGGCUCACUUGCGCACUGACGAAGAGGCACGGGCGCUGCGGGCGCUUCUGGAUCAGCACCAGGGCAGGGCGUUUGCGGUGAACGUGAAGGUUGGCAACGCCGUGAAGAAGGUGGGCAUCCGCGGCGUGCCUCGCGUGGUCCUCAGACCCAACAGGAAAGCCACCUACAAGCUGCAGCACAUCGAUACGCUGCAUGUGAACGCAGCGCGACACAGGCACUUCAGCCGCGGGUCCCUGAGCAAGGUCAAGCAGGUGGUGCUGCGGCAUGGCACCAGCAGUUGGAAGCUGCUGCAUGAUGCCCGGCACGUGACCAUGGUGGAGAUGUGCAACACGGUGGAUGCGAGCGCCCUGACCAAGAAAGGAAGCAAGAUUCGGCACCUGACGCUGCAGCGGUGCGUGAUGAGCAACGCGCCUGCGCUUGCACAGAACAGGGCCCUGCACACGCUUGUGCUGCGCCAAAUCACCCUCCCUGACGGUGGCUGGCAUGCGCCGGUAUUCAACGCUCGGCACGUGGACUUGAGGUGCAUCUGGAACCUGCAUGGCGACAUCAGCCUCCCCAAGGCAAAGGAGGUGCGGGUUGAGGACUGCCCCAACGUGACUGGCUUCGACCUUGGAGCGCCUGACGCCAGACUCCAUUCCCUGCGCGUGACAGCGAGCGAGGGCUUACCGGUGCUACGGCUACCAGAGCUGGCGCACGUGCGCGACGUGAGGCUGGCCGGGGAAUGGCCGGCGGAAGUGUUGGAGCUGCUGGCGUCACGAGCCGACUGGAUGACGGUGACCUUCACCAGCAACGACGCACGGACGCUGCACACGCCGCUGUUGGCGCCGCAUGUGACCAAGCACUGGCGCCCGGACAAUGUGGACGUGCCUGCCAUUACGGCGGCGUCAGUGCCUGGUGAUGUGGCGAGUGUGGAGGUGGCUUUGACGGAGGAUGUGCGUGCAGCGAGCGUGCUCCCGCACCUGCAGGGCGUGCGGCGCGAUGUUCGCAUCGUUGCCACGAGGGUCAACAAGCACGGCCUGGACCUGAGCCCGCUGAUCAACCUGUCUUCCCUGGAUGUUGGCGUGACGGCCCGCGCAAUGAUACGGCUAUUGAACACGGACGCCCUCCGGUACAUCCAGCAUGUGUCGCUGUUUCGUGUGGCGUUUCCCUGCGGCUCAACACCGGGCGCGGGUGAUGGUGACAGUGACGGUGAUGGUGACAGUGACAGUGACGUGGAUGCGGUUGCGCAAGCGCGCGUCACGGUGCUGCAAGCGCGGGCAUCCCUCUUCCUGAACACGUGUAGUGGUUGUGUGGAGGUUGAGGACACGCCCUCUGUGCGGGUGCUGUGCGACAGCUUGACAAGCGAUGCGUUCCGUUUGCGAGAGGUGCGCAACGCGCAGGACCUGGAGCUGUUGAGUGUGAACAAGGUUGGGGCACUGACCAACGUUGGGUCGUGUCUUGUGGCGGGCACGCUGCCGAGCGACGGGGAGUUUACGCUCAACAACGUGCACCGCCUGACGGUGAUGAACCCAGACACGUGUGUGCCGCGGGAGCUUGGUCCGUGUCAUGUUGUGCUUGGCAACCUCGUGGCGCGCAACGACGUGCACAUUUUCCGUGUUCGCUCCACCGCACGAAGGCCUCCCAACGACACUCCUGCCGGCAACACCAUCGCCUGCUUUAUCAAGAAGUGA